AGACAAAUGUAUAUAUAUUGAACAGAAGAAUUGUUGUCUACUCUUCAUUCUAUCAAACUACAUUGCUAAAACAACAUGGCAGAAGAAGAACUGAAUGAGUCUCUGGAAUAUACACCAACAUGGAUUGUAGCUGUUGUUUGCACCAUCAUUGUUUUUAUCUCUCUUGUUGUCGAGCGCGGCCUCCACAAGCUCGGAAAGUACUUCAAGAAAAAGAACCAAACUCCAUUAUUUGAUGCCUUGCAAAAAUUGCAAGAAGAAUUGAUGCUUUUAGGGUUCAUUUCCCUUCUACUAACUGUCUUUCAAACUGCAAUAAGCCAUAUUUGCAUCUCACCUGAGCUUACAACCACAAUGCUUCCAUGCAAGAGGCCACAUGAAUCGUAUGAAGGUUUGGCACACGAUCAGAUCUACUAUGAUGGUAUAGUCAACAAAAGAAGGCUUUUUUCUGUUGAAGAUAGUUCUCAGCAUUGUAGGAGUAAGGGGAAGGUUCCACUGUUAUCACAAGAAUCAUUGCAUCAUUUGCACAUUUUCAUCUUUGUAUUGGCUUUAGUGCAUGCAAUAUUCUGUGUCACCACAUUAUUUCUUGGAAUCACAAGGAUGCGUCAGUGGAAGAGAUGGGAAGAAGAAAUUAAGAGCAAAAUAACAAGAACAGGAGAUUCUAGUAGUAUCCAAGCUCUCCAUCACCAUGAGUUCUUCAAGAAACACGCCGACGGAUAUUGGAGAAGAGCAGCUGUUGUUGGUUGGCUGAUAUCAUUCUUCAAGCAAUUUUAUGGUUCUGUUACUGAAUCUGACUACAUUGCGCUGCGUUAUGGAUUUAUCAAGGAACAUUGCCCGCGCAAACCUCAGUUUGAUUUCCACAAUUACAUGGUGCGGACACUUGAAGUUGAUUUCAGAAGAAUUGUAGGCAUAAGCUGGUACCUGUGGCUCUUUGUUGUGCUGUUUUUGCUGCUAAAUAUUGCAGGGUGGCACACUUAUUUCUGGCUUGCCUUUUUACCAGUGAUAAUUUUGCUUCUUGUGGGGGCAAAGUUAGAGCACAUCAUAGCGCGCUUGGCGCAGGAGCCGGCGCAGGAGUCAGCACGCGUGAAGCCGUCAGAUGAACACUUCUGGUUUAGCCGCCCAACACUUGUCCUUGACUUGCUUCAUUUCACUUUAUUUCAGAACUCUUUUGAGAUUGCAUUUUUCUUCUGGAUCUGGUGCACAUAUGGAUUUGAUUCAUGCAUUAUGGAGAAAAUAUCCUACAUCAUCCCAAGACUUAUAAUGGGUGUGAUUGUUCAAGUGCUUUGCAGUUACAGCACCUUGCCUCUAUAUACUCUUGUUACUCAGAUGGGUAGUGGUUUCAAGAAGGGUAUGCUCGAUCCGCGGGUGGAGGAAGCCCUCUUGAAUUGGGCAGAGGAAAGACAUGAGAACUCCGGCAUGAGUAGGUGGCGGAGCAUAUCAUCCCAUAGAAUGACCAAAGAACAAACACAAAAUGAUGAACAUGAAAUAGCCAUGGAGAUGGAAGAUGCAACAACAUCUACAAUUGAGCUUCCUAGCAGCAUUGUCCAAAUUCCUUUGGACAGGCCUAUUAGUUAUUCUUUGAGACAUGCUCAAUAACAUGAAUUCAUCAUCAUCAUCAUCAUUGUACAUGAAAGUGAGUGUUGAUACAAGGAUCUAAAUUUAUAGACAAUAACCAUUUGUUCUGAGACAUAUGAAAAUAAAUAAAUAAAUAGGAAAAGGAAAGUAAUAGAUUGGAAUGUCAUAGUUGAUUGUUGUUUGAGUUUCUGAGGCUAUGUCUUGUUUGUCAAACAUUCCAACUUGGAAUGUAGAAAGCUUUGUUGCACAGUUAUCCGUUUGUGUGAGUUUCAAAUGAAUUAUUUUAGGAAUUCAUGUGAUAUACAAAUGAAAUUUUCUGGGUAAAAAGUUA